UGGGAAUCCAGAGAAAUGAGUCCAAUCAGAUGCGGGCAAGUGCAGAAAAGGCAGGAGGGGUGCAGCUCUGGCCCCGCUCAAAGGGACGCGCCCCGCACCUGCCUAGGCCGGCUCCGGGAUCCCGCGAAGGCCUCAUCCGGGUGCUCGCCCACUACCACCUCCGUCUUUCCCUCUCCGAGGCAACGGCCCGCCCCUUCCUCCGCCCUCGUCUCCACCUCCUCCCCACCUCCAAGGCGCCUGGCUCCGCCCACCCACCCUGAGCUGAGCCGCGGCCGGCCACGCCCACCCAGCGCAGGGCCAGGCUCCGCCUACCCCCGCCUGGCCGCGGCCGGCUCCGCCCACCCAGGGCGCUGGGCUCUACCCGCCGUCUCAGGGCCGCUGCCGGCGGCCGAGGGGCGGGGCGGGCCGGGAGGAGCCGCGCUCCGGAGCGGGAGGGAGAUCCGCCGUGGAGUUACGGGAAAGUUGGUCCGAGUUCCCGGAGUUUUUCUCUGUGGUUCCCUGGGGCUCGGUCUGCCGGCACCCCGGCUCCAUUCCUGCCUCUGGCCUUCGCGGUCCAUCGGGUCCCUGUUUCUGCCCCCGGCCGCCAUGGAGCAGCCGCCGGCGCCCAAGAGUAAGCUAAAAAAGCUGAGUGAAGACAGUUUGACUAAGCAACCUGAAGAAGUUUUUGAUGUACUAGAGAAGCUUGGAGAAGGGUCUUAUGGAAGUGUAUUUAAAGCAAUACAUAAGGAAUCUGGACAAGUUGUUGCAAUUAAACAAGUACCUGUGGAGUCAGAUCUUCAGGAAAUAAUUAAAGAAAUUUCCAUAAUGCAGCAAUGUGACAGCCCGUAUGUUGUGAAGUACUAUGGCAGUUACUUUAAGAACACAGAUCUCUGGAUUGUUAUGGAGUACUGCGGCGCUGGCUCUGUCUCAGACAUAAUUAGAUUACGAAACAAGACAUUAACAGAAGAUGAAAUUGCAACCAUUCUUAAAUCUACAUUGAAAGGACUAGAAUAUUUGCACUUUAUGAGGAAAAUUCACAGAGAUAUAAAAGCUGGAAAUAUUCUCCUCAAUACAGAAGGACACGCAAAAUUGGCAGACUUUGGUGUGGCUGGUCAGUUAACAGAUACAAUGGCAAAACGUAAUACUGUGAUAGGAACUCCAUUUUGGAUGGCUCCUGAAGUAAUUCAAGAAAUAGGCUAUAACUGUGUGGCUGACAUCUGGUCCCUUGGCAUUACUUCUAUAGAAAUGGCUGAAGGAAAACCACCUUAUGCGGAUAUACAUCCAAUGAGGGCUAUUUUUAUGAUUCCAACAAACCCACCACCGACAUUCAGGAAGCCAGAACUUUGGUCUGAUGAUUUCACUGAUUUUGUUAAAAAAUGCUUAGUGAAGAAUCCUGAACAGAGAGCUACUGCAACGCAACUUUUACAGCAUCCUUUUAUUAAGAAUGCAAAGCCAGUAUCAAUAUUAAGAGACCUGAUCACAGAAGCUAUGGAGAUCAAGGCGAAAAGACAUGAGGAGCAACAGCGAGAAUUGGAAGAGGAAGAAGAGAAUUCGGAUGAAGAUGAGCUGGAUUCCCACACAAUGGUGAAGACCAGCUCGGAGAGUGUGGGCACGAUGCGGGCCACGAGCACAAUGAGUGAGGGGGCCCAGACCAUGAUUGAACAUAACAGCACCAUGCUAGAAUCUGACCUGGGGACCAUGGUUAUAAACAGUGAGGAUGAGGAAGAAGAAGAUGGAACUAUGAAAAGAAAUGCAACUUCACCACAAGUACAAAGACCAUCAUUCAUGGACUACUUUGAUAAGCAGGACUUCAAGAAUAAGAGUCAUGAAAACUGUAAUCAGAACAUGCAUGAACCUUUCCCUAUGUCCAAAAAUGUUUUUCCUGAUAACUGGAAAGUUCCUCAAGAUGGAGACUUCGACUUUUUAAAAAACCUGAGUUUAGAGGAGCUGCAGAUGCGGUUGAAGGCGCUGGACCCCAUGAUGGAGCGGGAGAUCGAGGAGCUCCGACAGCGCUACACCGUGAAGAGGCAGCCGAUCCUGGACGCCAUGGACGCCAAGAAGAGGAGGCAGCAGAACUUCUGAGCCGACCUUUUCCUGUUUCCAUGGCUAUUCUGGAGACCAAGAAACCACUAAGAAUUGAAGGAACAUUGUGAUUUUUUUUUGUCUUCUUAAUCCCUUAGAUUUACGCUCUAGGCCAAAGUCCAAAACUGAUGAUGGUACAUACCCGGGUAACUAAAGGCAGACUCUCCAGUUGUUUCCACUGUGUUCUCAUCUUUAAGUGACCAGAAGUGUGUUCUCCCCGCCCCCCCGCCCACUGCAUACCAGCAGCAAAACCAUGUUCUAGAACAAAGGCUAUGUGUAGAGACCUUGAAAAUCCAAAGCUAUUGUUCCAUUGUACAGCACUGAAGGGCUUUAUGUCACAGUACUUUUUAUUCCUAUCUAGUAGCCUAUUUAUUGUAUCUCACUAGGUAAACUUAUUUAUUUAUGCUAUUUCACAUUGUCUUAUUUUUUAAGGACAAGAUCAGGAUAGAGUAGGAGCAGGUGGGGACAUUUUAAUAGAUAAUGAUGCACAACAAAAUGAUACUUCCAGCAGGGAGCUCUGGGCUACCUUCCUUGAUUUCCAGGAUAGUUUUUCAAUACCAACAAAGCAAUAAUAGUAAUAGUGCCCAAAUGGAUAGAGCAUUUUUUAUAUUGAAGCAAUAAUUCCAUUUUUACCUUUUGAGAUUUUGUUUAAUUGUUUUGAUUUUUGAUGUUUGCUACAAACAGAACUAUAUAUAUUUAGGUCAAACAGAGCUAUAAUGUUUAAAACCAAAGAAAUCAGUGGAACCCUUGCACAAAAAAGCAUGGGAAAUAUUUUAAAGGAAAUUAAACCUUUUGACAAAUGUA